AUGGCAGCCCCGCCCCGCCGCGCCACAGCCAAUGGCCGCCAGCCCCGCGGGGGCGGGACUCGGUGCCAGCCAAUGGGGGGGCGGGGGCGGACGGUGGCGCGGCGCUGGGUCGUUUCCCGCAUCACGGCGUCUCUCCCCCCCACGGUGUGUGUCCUCCCCUCACUGUGUGUUCCCCCGGUGCCGCCCCCGCCAUGCUCCGACCGCGAUCCCCCCGGCCGUGACCGCCCCUCCCGCUCCCCGCGGAUCUACACCAGGACGGGGGACUCAGGAUUCUCCAGCACGUUCACCGGGGAGCGGCGGCCGAAGGGCGACAGGAUCUUCGAGGCCUUGGGAGCCACGGACGAGCUGAGCUCGGCCAUCGGGCUGGCUGGUGAGUUCAGCAGUGAAAAGGGCCACACGUUUGUUGGGCAACUUCACAAAGUCCAGUGCAUGCUGCAGGAUGUGGGCUCCAACCUCGCCACGCCGCUCUCCUCCGCCAGGGAGGCUCACCGGAAACGAACAUCUUUCAGCGAGAAGCCGGUGCUGGAGCUGGAGCAGUGGAUUGACAGUUACUCGGAGCAGCUCCCUCCCCUCAGAGCCUUCAUCCUGCCUUCCGGAGGCAGGAGCAGUGCUGCUCUCCAUUUCUCCCGAGCCGUGUGCCGCCGGGCUGAGAGGUGCGUGGUUCCUUUAGUCCAAGCAGGGGAAGCAGAUCCAAAUGUGGCCAAAUAUUUAAACAGGCUCAGUGACUAUCUCUUUGUCCUGGCACGUUAUGCUGCAAUGAAGGAAGGGAAGGAAGAGAAAAUAUAUAUAAAACCUGAGCCAUAGCUGGGAGCUGGAAUGUUUUAUUUCCUUAAUCAUGGGAAGGUGAAUCCAGCAGACUGCUUUUGCCCAUCAAGGAUGGGAAAGAGAACAAUCCUGGACUGGAGGUGGGAGCUGCCAAGGACUUCCAGCUGAAAUAACCAUGACCUUGUUGAUAAAUCCUGAGAGGAACAGAAUCACAGAAUAAUCUGAGUUGGAAGGGACCCAUAAACAGCUGUUCUGGUCACUGGGCCUGGUCCACGCAUCCCUUUUGGUGAUGGCACCAGAGUCACUGCUGCUCCCAGGCUGGAGUUGAGGCAGGAAAAUUCCAAAAACACUUUGGAGAUGCCUUUGUUUCCCUGGGCAGUGGCAGGUGCUGUGGGAAGGACUCUGAGGAGUGGAGAAAACAAUCAGGUUCUCUGUGUCAGUCACGGUGCUGGUGUGGAGCAGCAGCUGGAGGGAUUUGGGAAUUGUGUCCGCAGCUUUGAAUUAAUAAAUGUGAACUUCCUUGUACCAAAGGGCCCUAAACUGUCACACUGAA